AGAGCUGCCGAAUGCUGCUAAACCAACUAAGAGAAAUCACAGGCAUUCAGGACCCUUCCUUUCUUCAGGAAGCUCUGAAGCCUGUAAGUCAGGAGUAACAGCAGUGAGGACAAGAUUUCAUUCUUUGCGUGUUGCGGGACAUCAGAGCCUGGCGGGUGCCUUCCUGUAACCGGCCAUUUGAUGCCAGUAACGGUGACAUCACCCAGGCCGUCAGCCUCCUCACCGAGGAAAGGGUUAAGGAGCCCGGACAAGACGUUGUUGCUACAGAACCAUCUGACGUGGAGGGGAGAGCUGCCAGCAAAGAAGUACUAGCAAUGAUAGACCUUACUCACGAUAACAAAGAUGAUCUACAGGCUGCCAUUGCUUUGAGUCUAUUGGAGUCCCCCCAGAUUCAAGCUGAUGGAAGAGAUCUGAACAGGAUGCGCGAGGCAGCCUCUGCAGAAACUAAACGCUCAAAGAGAAAACGCUGUGAAGUCUGGGGAGAAAAUCCCAACCCUAACGACUGGAGGAGAGUCGGCGGUUGGCCAGUCGGGCUGAAGAAUGUUGGCAACACGUGUUGGUUCAGUGCUGUCAUUCAGUCUCUCUUCCAACUGCCCGAAUUUCGACGGCUUGUUCUCAGCUACAGCCUCCCGCAGGACGCUCUUGAAAACUGCCCGAGUCACACGGAAAAGAGAAAUAUCCUGUUUAUGCAAGAGCUUCAGUACUUGUUUGCUCUGAUGCUGGGAUCAAACCGCAAAUUCGUAGACCCUUCAGCAGCCCUGGAUCUCUUAAAGGGAGCAUUCCGAUCGCCCGAGGAACAGCAGCAAGAUGUGAGUGAAUUCACACACAAGCUCCUGGAUUGGCUGGAGGACGCAUUCCAGCUGGCCGUGAAUGUUAACAGCAAUCCUAGGAACAAAUCUGAAAACCCAAUGGUGCAGCUAUUCUACGGGACUUUCCUCACUGAAGGGGUUCGUGAAGGAAAGCCCUUUUGUAACAAUGAGACCUUCGGCCAGUAUCCCCUUCAGGUAAAUGGUUAUCGCAACUUAGACGAGUGUUUGGAAGGGGCCAUGGUGGAGGGGGACAUUGACCUGCUUCCUUCCGAUCAUUCGGUGAAGUACGGACAAGAGCGUUGGUUUACAAAGCUGCCUCCAGUGUUGACCUUUGAGCUCUCAAGAUUUGAGUUCAAUCAGUCCCUCGGUCAGCCAGAGAAAAUUCACAAUAAGCUGGAAUUUCCUCAGAUCAUUUAUAUGGACAGGUACAUGUACAAGAGCAAAGAGCUAAUUCGAAGUAAGAGAGAGUGUAUUCGAAAGCUGAAGGAGGAAAUAAAAGUUCUGCAGCAAAAGCUGGAAAGGUAUGUGAAGUACGGCUCAGGCCCAGCUCGGUUUCCACUCCCGGACAUGCUGAAAUACGUUAUCGAAUUUGCUAGUACAAAACCUGCCUCAGAGAGCUCCGCGUCUCAAACUGACCACAUGACGUCACCGCUUUCUUCAGCGCACUGCCCAGUUUCUGACCUGGCAUCCAAGGAGAGUACGAGUAAAGAAAGCCCUUCUCAGGAUGUUGAAGGUACCUUUUCUUCUGAAGAUUCUCUACCCAAGUCUCAGGCACCGAAUAAGCCACUUACAUCGCCCCGGUCUUCCACGGAAAUGCCCGUACAGCCAGCCCCUCGAACUGUCACCGAGGAGGAGAUAAACUUCGUUAAGACCUGUCUUCAGAGGUGGAGGAGUGAGAUUGAACAAGAUAUUCAAGAUUUAAAGAACUGUAUCGCAAGCACCACACAGACUAUUGAGCAGAUGUACUGUGACCCUCUGCUUCGUCAGGUGCCUUACCGCCUGCACGCAGUGCUCGUUCACGAAGGACAAGCCAACGCAGGACACUACUGGGCCUAUGUCUACAAUCAGCCCCGACAAGUCUGGCUCAAGUACAAUGACAUCUCGGUGACCGAAUCUUCCUGGGAAGAACUUGAAAGAGAUUCCUAUGGGGGCCUGAGGAACGUUAGUGCUUACUGCCUGAUGUACAUCAAUGACAAGCUGCCACACUUCAGUGCAGAGGCGGCUGCAGCUGACUCAGAUCAGAUGUUGGGGGAAGUGGACCCCCUGUCUGUGGAACUGAAGCAUUACGUUCAGGAAGAUAACUGGAGGUUUGAGCAGGAGGUGGAGGAGUGGGAGGAAGAGCAGUCCUGCAAGAUCCCUCAGAUGGAGUCGUCCGGCAGCUCAGCGACACAGGAGUUCUCCACGUCCCCAGAGCCCUCAGCAGCCUCUUCCCACGGGGUCCGCUGCUUGUCCUCUGAGCACGCCGUGAUCGCAAAGGAGCAGACGGCGCAGGCGAUUGCCAACACGGCACACGCCUACGAGCAGGGUGGCGUGGAAGCCGCGCUGAGCGAGCUUCAGGAAGCUGAGCCCGAGAAGCCCAUGCCCCCGGAGACAAACCCUGCAGGGCAGACAGAGCCGCCCCUAAAGGCUGGUGACGCAGAAUCUGCCGCCCAGCCCGACUCUGCGGCCUCUGAAGUGGACAUUCCCAGUGUGGGGAGGAUUCUGGUUAGAGCUGACGCAGAUGGAUAUGAUGAGGAGGUGAUGCUGAGCCCUGCCAUGCAAGGGGUCAUCCUGGCCAUAGCUAAAGCCCGUCAGACCUUUGACCGAGAUGGGUCUGAAGCAGGGCUUAUUAAGGCAUUCCACGAGGAGUACGCCCGGCUCUACCAGCUGGCCAAGGAGGCGCCCACCGCCCACAGCGACCCUCGGCUCCAGCACGUGCUUGUCUACUUUUUCCAAAACGAGGCCCCUAAGCGGGUGGUGGAGCGGACCCUCCUGGAGCAGUUUGCAGAUAAAAACCUCAGCUACGAUGAAAGGUCCAUCAGCAUCAUGAAAGUGGCGCAGGCCAAGCUGCAGGAGAUUGGUCCAGACGACAUGAAUAUGGAAGAGUACAAGAAGUGGCACGAAGAUUAUAGUUUGUUUCGAAAGGUGUCUGUGUACCUCCUCACAGGGCUGGAACUCUACCAAAAAGGAAAGUACCAAGAGGCCCUCUCCUACCUGGUCUACGCCUACCAGAGCAAUGCCUCCCUGCUGACCAAGGGGCCCCGCCGGGGGGUCAAGGAAUCCGUCAUCGCUUUGUACCGACGAAAGUGCCUUCUGGAGCUGAACGCCAGGGCAGCGUCUCUCUUUGAAACGAACGAUGACCACUCUGUGACCGAGGGCGUCAGUGUGAUGAACGAGCUGGUCAUCCCCUGCAUCCACCUGAUCAUCAACAACGACAUCUCCAAGGAUGACCUGCACGCCGUUGAGAUCAUGAGGAGCCACUGGUGCUCCUACCUCGGGCAGGACAUUGCGGAAAAUCUGCAGCUGUGCUUAGGGGAGUUUCUCCCCAGGCUUCUCGAUCCUUCUGCAGAAAUCAUUGUCUUGAAGGAGCCUCCAACUAUUCGGCCCAAUUCUCCCUAUGACCUCUGCAGCCGAUUUGCAGCUGUCAUGGAGUCCAUUCAGGGGGUUUCCGCCGUGACGGUGAAGUAGGCCCCCACACGUCCAAGCCCACUGUGGCCCGGGGCUGCCCGCCUGCUGCACGGAAGUCUGUCGUCACAGUGUUGGACCCAGGGAAGGGGUUCGGUGGGAAAGUACCUUCAGAUCCAGCCCCCAGCCAUGCUCUGCGUGUAAAGAAGGAUUGAAAAUAAAAUUGCACUUUUUAGGUACAGAAUCAUAAAAGCAGUUUUAGCACAAAAGCCAAGCACCAUUGUAUCCAGGUAUCGAAUUACGUGACAGGACCUGAAGUGCCUCUUGUACCUACAUGAAUGCCCUCGAAGGGCUCCGGCUUUUUGUGUGUUUCUCUUGCCACUUUUAAGAUUACCCCGCAGGCAUCAAUAUUUUUGACAGCGGAACCGAAGGGCGACCCAUCAGAACCUGAGCCAGAUGAACAGCUACUAGUUAUUUUAUCAAAUACAGGUGCCAUUUCAAAGUUCUUAACGGCCAGAGAUGAGAACGCCAAGCCUGGCCUGUCUCCUGGCGGGGGGCAACAAAACGGUGUGCUGGCCGGCUGCCGCCCUCCGCGUGCGCACAAGUCCAAGGGCACGUGGCAGCAAGUGCGGCAAAGUGGAGAGAAAGCUGCCUUUCCUUUCUUCUCUUUCUCUUAUUUUAUAUUUUUUAAAUAAACCAGAAAACCUCACACUCAGUCCCGAGUGCAGGAAGGAAAGCAGGAAGGGCCUUAGAACGCGUUGUGAACCGUGACUAAAGACAGGGAAGCGCUGGGAUUUCAGUAAAACCUUCUGGUGUCCACAGACUGUCAACAGCAGGUGUGUGAGGCCCCAAAGAACGUGUGGAUGCCCCUCCCCUUUAAAAUAAGGGAUGAGGGUUUGUAAAAAGAAAAAAAAAUCUAUAUAUAUGUAUAUGUAGAGAGAGAAAUAUCCCCUGUUGACCAUUUUUAAAAGGCUCCAGAUUGGAUGUUGUUUUAACCAAAUAUUAACAUUAAAGAGGGAAUCGUGGGCAGGAAGAACACUCAAUACAACUAUGCAGAUUUUAUAAAUGUGCAAUAAAAGUCUCUGUUGUACCUCCGGGGUCCCGGUUGGCCUUCAUUAAAGCACACGUUUUCCGGAAA